CACUUUCCACAGUGCGUCCUUGAUCCUAAGUGGUAGGCUUGCGUCCCAAUCGACUGGGUUCACAUCGUCCUCUAACCAACUCACUCCUGCAAGGGCAACUUUUUUCUCCCCCUCUUGCUUUCUUUCUUGCUCAUCCUGAUAAUUAAGUGUUUGCGCUUCUGCAACAACUCUGUCGAUCGUCAAAUCCAAUCCCGUCGCAAAAAUGAACACUGUCAAAUCAUUCUGGCUCGGAUGGGGCUCUCUCUGUGUUGCCGGCGGAACCGCCUACUACUUCGCCAAGCAGAGUAUCAACGCCGAUCGCGCCGCUCGCUUUGAGGAGCAGCGCAAGAAGAAGAUGAUGGCCCAGUCUCUCGAGUACGGAGACAACGUCCCCACACAGCCCGGAUCCGUGGCCAACAUGGGCGGCGACGCGCGCACCGAUACCGCCGGCUCUCCCAGCCAGGAGUCCAGCUCUGAUCCCGCUCCGACGCGUCAUGCGCCGGCCACCGAAUCUGAGAGAGUGUUUGAGAAGAGCAAGUACGAAAGCAGUACGCCUUUCAAGAGUCCAAAGGGGGAUCGGUUCUCGUAGGUGGACGAGAGUGAACAAGGAUGGACGAUUCUCCCAGACACCGAGUUCGUGUAACAUAACUGUUGGGUCCCAUUGCGACCGUACACUGUAUCAUUGAAGACGACACGAAGGAAUGAUGUCUUUUCGCGUUUACAUUUGACGGUGUUUUGGAGUCUGGCGAUUUGGAAGACGCUGAGCCCGGUGGGACCACAGCUUUGUUAAUGAUUCGUUGCAAACCUACGUUCAUCAUUCAUUUCAGGAGGGUAAGUAAUAAGCACACAAGACAUCUCGCUAUGUCGGUUUGGACAACAGACGAAAUCACACUUGCGAACUCCUUCCGUGUCACGACCAGUACCUCAAUCUCUUGGGAGUGGUGAAUUCCCUAGACUGUGCGCCUGGUUGCGAGGGUAGUUGCUCCGGAGUGUCUGACGUCGCCGGUCGCGA